AUGUAUCUACCCGCGCGCUUGUCUCUGCUGAGUCUUCUCCUUUCGACGGUGGCCCUUGGCCAGAAGAGUAAAUCCCGCGAGGAUCGACCGCAGAGCAGGACUCUGGGCCUCCUGACGCCUCUCCUGCUGGGCGGUGGGGCUGGUCCGCUCUUCGAUUAUCCCGUGGCUGCACCCAUCAGACCAGCAGGUGGCUCAUCCUCAGCAGGAGCUGGAGGAGCAGGAGCACAAUCGGAUCCUUUGGACUCGUACUAUGGCAGCAGUUAUCCCAGCUAUGGCUAUAGACCCAACUAUGGAUAUGGGUAUCCCAAUUAUGGCUAUAACUAUGGUUACCCUGGUUAUGGUUAUGGCUAUAAUCCGUAUAGACCCAGUUAUAACUACAAUUACGGAGGAUACCAGAGACCACAGCCUUACUAUGGAUACAGACCGAGCUAUAGUGCUGCAUCUGUGUCCAGUUAUCCCGGAUACGGAAGUACAGCCAGCAUUUCCAGCUCUCCUUCCUAUGCAACCACGACGUCUGGUUUGGGCGUGGGUUCUGGGGUAGGAGCCGGAGCUGGAGCAGGAGUUGGUGGAGCUGGUAACCAGCAAUUAUCCCAGGCCCAGGCCGCUCAGUUAGCAGGACUUUUGGGCCAGGCCCUAGGUAGCAGUCUGCGUCCCCUGCUGGCUAAUGGAGGUGCUGGAGCAGCCUCUGGUUCACCCGGCGUGGGCGCUAAUCCACAAGCACUGAGCGGUUUACUCGGCCUGCUCGGUUAG